AUGGCUGGAGAAGAAUUUUCUGGGCUGAAGUCAUUUUUCUCUGCCAUCGCUCAGAAAAAACAAGGAUUUACAUUUCAUCUUGCCAGUGCCCUCUACCUUCAAGAAGGAUUCACUGUGAAAGAACAGUAUCUCCAUGGCAACAAGGACUUUUUUCAGAGUGCUGUAAAGCUGGUGGAUUUUCAGGAUGCAAGGGCUUGUGCAGAGACGAUAAGUACCUGGGUGGAAAGCAAAACAGAUGGAAAAAUUAAAGACAUGGUUUCAGAGGAGGAGUUCGGCCCUCUGACUCGGCUUGUGCUGGUGAAUGCUAUUUAUUUCAAGGGAAAUUGGAAACAGAAAUUCAGAAGAGAAGACACAGAGCUCAUGAAUUUUACUAAGCAGAAUGGGUCAGCAGUCCCGAUUCCCAUGAUGAAGGCUCUCCUGCGGACAAAAUACGGUCAUUUUUCCGAAUUCUCCAUAAACUACCAGGUUUUGGAACUGCCUUAUGAAGGUGAUGAAUUUAGUUUAAUUCUCAUACUUCCUGCAGAAGGCGUGAAUGUAGAGGAAGUGGAAAAACUGCUCAGUGCUCACCGGGUCUUGAAAUGGUCCUCCGAGAUAAAUGAAAAAACAGUGGAAGUCAGCAUUCCUAGAUUUAAAGUAGAACAAAAAUUAGAUUUCAAAGAACCUUUGCAUUCUUUGAACGUGACUGAGCUGUUUAAUGGUGGUUGUGACCUCUCUGGAAUAACAGAUUCAUCGGAAGUGUAUGUUUCACGCAUCAUGCAAAAAGUUUUCUUUGAAAUAAACGAAGAAGGCAGUGAAGCUGCAGCAUCAACUGGUAUGCACAUCCCUACGAUUAUGAGUCUGGCUCAAAAUCAAUUUAUAGCAAACCAUCCAUUUCUGUUUAUAAUGAAGACUAAUCCAACAGAAUCAAUUUUGUUUAUGGGAAGAGUGACAAAUCCAGAUACUGACACAAUGAAGGGGAGAGAUUUUGAUUCACUAUAAAUAAAGAGGAGUGUUUCAGAAUACGUAACAAUUCCUG